CAGUAAGCCAGUCUAGGCGCACACAGGGGUUGCUCAAACCAUGCUCCUGCUACAAACACACAACUCCCCAGGCCUCCAGGCCACAGAGUGGACCCUCUGUGUGUCUGUGUCUGCUCCCUACUUUGUACCUUUACUCCUAGGGCCUUGCCUGCUGAAUGCAUGUGAGAACUCAGAUCCCCUAGACAUUUUUCGCCCCACUGGUGAACCUGUCCCAGAGUUGGGAAACUAAUCACUUGACACGGACUGUCCACAGGGGUAAGGCCAAUGUGCUGUACCAUGUCCUGUGUGCAGAGCUGAUGCUGCGUGAGAAAGAAUCCUUGCCAGAGAAAAGUCUGUCAGAGGAGGAAAGAAUGUUUCUCUCAUAUUUUCCCUCGCAGAAGUUUAAGCUGGAAAAGGAUAUCAGAGAACUUUACAACAUUGCAGACCAAGUUGACACAACCCACAAGAUGCUCACUAAGGUCCGUGUGGUGGCCAGCUCUUCAGGGGCUGUUUCUGGAGUCAUGAGCAUCCUGGGCUUAGCCCUAGCACCUGUGACAGCAGGAGGGAGUCUCAUGCUCUCAACAGCUGGGAUGGCGUUGGGGACAGCAGUUGCCAUCACCAGCGUCUUAAUGAAUGUCUUAGAACAUAGAAACAGCUCGGCAGCAAGAGACCAAGCCUCUGAGGCCCUUCAUGCCUACCAGGUGGUCAAAGCCAACUCUGGCUUCAUGGCUAAGGUCAAGGAUUUUGUGGCCACAAGCCGUGCCCCUUUCUGGAAGGCUGGAGGGGUGCAGAGAGCCUUUGAGGGCACAGCUCUGGCCAUGACCAAGGGUGGGGUGGUGGGUGCUAUGGGGGCGGGCCUCUGUCUUAUGCAAGAUGUGAACAGCAUCCUGCAGAACUGGAAGCACCUGGAGCAGGGGGCGAGGGCAGAGGAGGCCAAGGAAGUGAGGACACUUGCUAAGGAGCUGGAGCAGGAGCUGAGCCAUCUCACCCAGUGCUACCAGUGCCUGCAGCAGCUGCAGAGCCAGCCCCGGCCCCAGGGGUCCUGGGGCUCCCAGGGUUCCUAG